GCACGAACCUGUCACGUUCCUAGGUACGGUUGGUUCUAAACCUAAUAAUAAGUAUUGGGAGCAUGCCGAAGUCGAGGGAUCCGCUAAUCGUCGGGGGGAUUGUUGGCGACGUCGUCGACUACUUCGACGCGUCGGCGCGGCUGAGGGUGCUGUACGGCAACCGCGAGAUCACGGUCGGAUCCGAGCUGAGGCCGUCGCAGGUGGCGAACCAGCCCACGGUGCACAUCACAGGAAGAGCGGGAUCAUUCUACACGCUCGUGAUGGUAGACCCAGAUGUGCCUAGGCCAAGCGACCCUUGCGAACGGGAGUACCUCCAUUGGUUUGUCACAGACAUACCAGAAGGAGGUGACGUGGGCCGUGGCACUGAGGUGGUGGCUUACGAGAAGCCGCAGCCGAUGGCAGGGAUCCACCGUUUGGCCUUCGUGGUGUUCCAGCAGGCUGCGCGGGAGGCCAUCUACGCACCAGGGUGGCGCUCCAACUUCAUCACGAGGGACUUGGCCGAGUGCUACAACCUUGGUGCUCCGGUCGCCGCCGCCUACUUCAACUGCCAGAGGGAGGGCAGCUGCGGUGGCCGGAGGUGGCAGGGGUGAAGCAAGCUGGCUAUAACUAUGACACGUACGCAUCAUCGCGCCAUCCAGUGGGAUGUGUCGCACAAAAUAAAUGAAUAAAGAACAUAUGUGUAGGCUAGCUAGGUCCUUGUGUGCUGGCUAAUUGGCUACCUCCAUUGGCUCUAUUUGUGGCCGAAUAUACGGUGUGUUGGGACAA